UGAAUGGUGCAGCCAUUUGCCCGUUACAGGGUGGUCCAGCGAAGUUUUCAUUGAGGAGGAGAGCAGAGUGGAGUCAGAUGUGGCCGCGGGCAAAGGUGCCGGAGCUGUCGGGCUAGAGAGCGGUGUCUGUCCCUCCCCCCCCCCGGAUAAAUAAAACCUGCCCUUACCGUGCUGCUAGAGCUCUCCCGUGUCCCGCUCCAGACUGAAAGUUGAACACUUCCGAGCUGGAUUCGGGAUUUAUUAGGGGGGAAACUGUGUGAAUAAAAGGGGUGUCUGGGGUGUCUCCCCCGUCCCUGACUUUAGUUCUCUCGAACUGUAACCGGGAGGACACUGGAAAACGAGGUUUGCUCGAGUUCAGCAGUAAAUAAUAACUCAGACUGCCAGAGGAUGACAGAAACUCAAGGUGAUUAUUUGAGUUAUUAGUGGAAGAGGACCACCCCCCCCUUCUUUUUUUCCCCUAUCGUCGCGUGUUGAGUGUUGCAUUUAAAAGAAGAAGAAAAAAAACACCCCACUGGUUUCUGGCAGAAACAUAUCCGAAGUCUCUGCAAUGGGGAGGCGGACAUAGAGCAGAAGGGGCUCUUCUGCGGUGGAAACGCAAGGCGUGAGACGGGCGAAAAGUUCUCGGCUUCGUCCCGGGCUGCUGGAUGGGGGACCAGGACCUUUCUGACCGACUGUCCAGCCCCCGCUGAAGGGGAAGGUACCGCGCACAGGGCCAUGGUCAGUUACCGGGAGCCCCGAGAGCCCGGCUGGACUUCGCUCGUUUAAGGAUUUGUGUUCCCCGAGCGAGGUAGAGAGUAUCUUCUCUUGAGAAACCUAGGCUGUUGAUCCACCUCUCCCUGCGACACCCGAGCGAUGGCCUCUGAAGUGAUGUGCGGGCUGAUCUUCCGGCUGCUCCUGCCGGUGUGUCUGGCCGCAGCGUGCCUGUUCCGGUACAAUGGGCUCUCCUUUGUCUACCUCAUCUACCUCCUGCUCAUUCCAUUGCUUUCAGAACCAACACAAGCAACAAUGCAAGGCCACACAGGGAGGCUGCUGAAGUCCCUUUGCUUUACCAGUCUCACCUUCCUGCUGCUGCACAUCAUCUUUCAAAUCACUGUCAACAGCCUGGUGGCCGGGAACAGCAUUGAUUCUGGCUUCAACUGUUCUACCUGGGAGAAAUCCAUACGUCAAAUCGGCUUUGAGAGUGUGAGGGGAGCAGACGCAGGCAAUGGAGUCAGAGUGUUCAUUCCGGACAUCGGCAUGUUUAUCGCUGGCCUGUCGACCUGGCUUCUGUGUCGAAGCCUGGUUCAGAACAACCCCAAAGAGGACAUGGCACAGUACAAUGAGGAUUUUGAAACUGAGGAUCAGGAGGAGGAGAAGCUGGAGGAGGAUGAUGAGCUGAUGUUUGAGGAAGAUUUCGAACCUGACCUCGAACCUCAUGAUGAAGAACUCGAGGAAGAUGAAGAGGAGGAGGAGGAGCAGGAAGAAAGCACCAAAAUGAAAAUACUGCGCCGAAUCGCGGGUGUGGCAUCAAAAUUAAAAGAAAUAAUUGGCAAUUUAAUAACAACCGCUGGAAAAGUAGUUGUGACCAUAUUACUUGGUUUAACAGGCAUCAUGCUGCCAUCUCUAACUUCAGCCGUGUACUUCCUUGUGUUUCUGGGACUUUGUACCUGGUGGUCCCUGUGUCGAACGUUCGAUCAGCUCGUCUUCAGCUGCCUCUGUGUGUUGAUGGCCAUAUACAGUGCAGGGCACCUGCUUGUGCUUUAUUUAUACCAGUUUCAGUUCUUUCAGGAGCUUGUCCCACCUCACGACAACUACACGAGUUGGUUUGGCAUAUCCUCUGUAAUUCAGACCAACUGUUCAUAUACAUGGAUGAUUAUAGCUAACCACGAACUGGAGUGGUACCACUAUGUCAGCCCCAUCAUGAUUCUGGUGUUGUACUACACUCUGGCCACCCUCAUCCGCCUCUGGCUUCAAGAGCCCACCGAUGAAAUGUACUAUGACGAUGAUGAAGAAGAAAAGAAUGAGACUGAGGAGGACGAAAAGGAGAUCAUGUGCAAUGAGAUGGCCAGUACAGCGGAGAAGAAGCGACAGAUAUGGCGAAAUGCGCACUGUAACACGGAGGAGAGAAAUCUUCUUUCCACUCAGGAUGGAUACAGCACAUCUGAUGUACCCUUAGUUACAGCAAAUGGAACAACUAUUGAUUACCACAACUUAUCAACUCCUUUGGCUAUUGAGAAUGGGCCAAGACAACUAGACACCUACUCCACGCCACAAUACAGGAUUGACCAAGUAGAUGAUGAACCAGAGAAAAAAGAAGAUAGUCUCUCUGAAGUUCUUGAAGAUGCUGAUGAGAUGUCAGAGGAAAUUGAGAACCCAAAAGUGAAUGCUUUGGUAACAAUCUUCAGGUUUAUCAUGAAGCAAAGCUACAUCUGUGCUUUAAUAGCUAUGAUGGCGUGGAGCAUCACCUACGUCAGCUGGCUCACCUUUGUCUUCCUGAUCUGGUCCUGCACCCUCUGGAUGGUCCGCGACAGGAGGAAAUACGCCAUGCUGACCUCUCCGUUCAUGGUCUUCUACGGGAACCUGCUGCUGAUCCUGCAGUACAUCUGGAGCAUUAAGCCCAUCGAGCCGGUUUCUGGACUCUUCCUAAAGAAAGGAGUACCCUUUCAGGAACUGGGAACGAAGAUUCUGUGUUUGCUGAGCUUUUGGCUGCUGUUGCGCCAGCAUCUGAUGGAGAAGCAGGAGAAGCUGCAAGAAGAAGCUGUGUUAACUGAUGUCAGAGUGGACAGUCAGAAGACUGAGGAGGAGGAAGAUGAGGAAAACGGUGGCAACAAAGAAAUAAUGCAGGUUCUAGGCAACAUGGUGAUGGGCAUGUUUGUGAAGUACUGGAUCUACAUCUGCGGAGGCAUGUUCUUCUUCGUCAGCUUUGAGGGAAAAAUUGUCAUGUACAAGAUCAUCUACAUGAUGCUCUUUCUCUUCUGUGUUGCACUGUAUCAGGUGCAUUAUGACUGGUGGCGGAGAAUUCUGAAGUAUUUCUGGAUGUCAGUUGUGGUUUAUACCAUGCUGGUCCUCGUCCUUGUCUACACCUUUCAGUUUGACUCAUCCCUCCGUGUCUGGUCAAAUAUGACUGGCCUGAAUAAGGAAAAACUGGAAGACCUGGGACUUGAGCAGUUCACUGUGUCGGCCCUGUUCACAAGAAUAUUUAUCCCCACCUGCUUCCUGCUAGUGUGCAUUCUGCACUUGCACUAUUUUCACGAGCGCUUCCUGCAGCUGACUGACCUGAAGGCUGUGGCUGCGAAGCAGGACUGCACUGUGUACAGGCUGGUCCACCAGGACGGCAGCUUGGCAGACAUCACCAUGCUGAGCUCCAGCCUCAACCCGGCGAGGAAGGAGGAGGAAGAAGAUAUGUCUCAGGAAGCAGGAGGGGAAAAGCCCAACGAGAAGGAGCUGCUAGAUGAGGGCAGCAAAGGAGAGAGUAGACACUGCAGUGUAGGAACAGAGACGACGACUGAGGACACAUCAGAUCUCAAGAAUAAAUGGCAUUUGGUGAUAGAUCGUCUGACAGUCCUUUUCCUGAAGUUUCUUGAAUACUUUCACAAACUGCAGUUGUUUAUCUGGUGGCUCUUAGAACUGCACAUCAUUAAAAUUGUGUCAUCAUACAUCAUCUGGGUCACGGUCAAGGAGGUUUCCUUGUUCAAUUACGCCUUCUUAAUAUGCUGGGCUUUUGCUCUUCCAUAUAGUCAGUUUCGGCCCUUGGCUUCAAGUAUCUGUACUGUGUGGACCUGUGUGAUAAUUGUCUGCAAAAUGUUGUACCAGCUGGGAUCUAUUCAACCUCCUACCUACUCUAAAAAUUGUUCAAUGCCGGUGAAUUAUACCGAUGAACAGAAAAAGGAAAUGAGUACAUCACUUCUUUACAACGGUUCUAUUGAUCCAACAAACUGGGUUGGUCUGAAGAAGUCUGAUCCUCUUCUGGGGUACCUCAGGAACAACCUCUUGAUGCUGGCAAUCUUGGCUUUUGAAGUGACAAUUUAUCGUCACCAGGAAUACUAUAGAUUAAGAAACAAUCUUACAGCUCCAGUCACUAAGACUAUCUUUCAUGAUAUUACAAGACAACACUUGGAUGAUGGAAUUUUAAACUGUGCUAAAUAUUUCAUUAACUACUUCUUCUACAAAUUUGGUUUGGAGACGUGCUUCCUCAUGGCAAUCAAUGUGAUUGGGCAACGAAUGGACUUCUAUGCGAUGCUCCAUGCGUUCUGUUUAAUCGCUGUUAUGUACCGACGCCGGAGAAAAGCCAUAGCAGAAAUCUGGCCCAAGUACUGCUACUUUCUGGCUUGCAUGCUGACAUUCCAGUACUUCCUCUGCAUUGGCAUUCCUCCAGCAGCCUGCAAAGAUUAUCCCUGGAGAUUUCCAAGCUCCACUACGGGCUCCAAUGUCAUAAAAUGGCUUUACAUCCCCGAUUUCCAUACACAACCAAAUCCGCUUUUUCUUGUCUACGACUUCAUGCUGCUGCUCUGUGCCUCCUUGCAAAGACACGUCUUCGAGGACGAGAACAGGGCCGCAGUCCGCAUCAUGGCUGGGGAUAACGUCGAGAUCUGCAGGGACCUGGACGCUGCCUCUUUCAGCCAGCACAACCCCGUCCCCGACUUCAUUCACUGCAGGUCUUACCUGGACAUGCUGAAGGUGAUAAUGUUCAGCUAUCUCUUCUGGUUUGUGCUCACCAUCAUCUUCAUCACCGGCACGACUCGAAUCAGCAUAUUUUGCAUGGGCUACCUGGUCGCCUGCUUCUAUUUCCUGCUCUUUGGUGGCGAUCUCUUGCUGAAGCCAAUUAAGAGCAUCCUCCACUACUGGGACUUCCUCAUUGCCUACAACGUGUUUGUGAUAACCAUGAAGAAUGUGUUGUCUAUAGUGGCCUGCGGGUACAUCAAUGCCUUGGUUGAAAACAAUUGCUGGUUAAUCCAGUUAUUCAGUCUGGCCUGCACAAUAAAAGACUAUUCACGUCCUGAUUCAAGUGGAAAAUGUGCUUUACCCAGCGAUGAAGCAGGGAUCAUUUGGGACAGCAUAUGCUUUGCCUUUCUGUUGCUUCAGAGAAGGGUCUUCAUGAGUUACUACUUCUUACACGUAGUUGCAGACAUAAGGUCUUCCCAGAUCUUAGCCUCAAGAGGGGCAGAACUUUUUCAAGCCACAAUUAUAAAAGCUGUCAGAGCAAGGAUUGAAGAGGAGAAAAAAUCUAUGGACCAACUCAAGAGACAAAUGGAUCGCAUUAAAACCCGUCAGCAGAAGUUUAAGAAGGGUAAGGAGAGGAUGCUGAGUCUGGCACAGCAGUCUGGGGAGGGACAGAACAUGAUGAAAGAAGAGGAGGAAGAUGAUGGAGAAGCAGACAAGGAAAAGGCCAAGGGCUUAAAAAGGCAGUGGUGGCGCCCUUGGGUUGAUCACGCUUCCAUGGUGCGCAGCGGGGACUAUUACUUAUUUGAGACAGACAGUGAAGAGGAGGAAGAGGAAGACAAAAAAGAAGAGGAGCCACACAAGAAGUCAGCUUUCCAGUUUGUGUACCACGCCUGGAUUACAGAUUCCAAAACAGCCCUGAAGGAACGAGAUAAAGACAAACGGAAGUUUUGGAAGAGGUACACUAGUAAAGGCAAAUGGAGACGAGGCGACAAGGAAGGUCAAGUUGCUAUUGAAUGUGGAGAGAGGGAAGAUGAAACAGAAAGUAUGGAGGAAGGAAAGAAAUCAGAAGGACCAGAUAACAUCAUCAAGCGCAUUUUUAAUAUUGUGAAGUUUACAUGGGUCCUUUUCCUGGCCCUCCUGGAUAGUUUCACUGCGUGGCUGAACUCUAUCUGCAGAGAACAUAUUGAUAUUUCCACUGUGCUCCGAAUUGAACGGUGCAUGCUCACCAGAGAAAUUAAAAAGGGGAAUGUUCCGUCUCGGGAGAGUAUACAUGUUUAUUACCAGAAGCAGAUGCGCAUGAAUUUUUCCAGAGAGUCCAGUCUGGACAGGAUUGACGAGGACCUCUCUGGCUCCAGCUCCCAUAAAGCUGAGCGGAAACGAGGCGCUCACAGGAUGGACAGCUUAGAUUCAGUCGGCUCUCGUGACACCUUGUCAAGCGUCUAUACAGAGGCCACCAUGCUGUUUUCAAGGCAGUCUACCUUAGACGAUUUAGACGGACCGUCAGAGAGCAUUCCCAAAACGAGUGAGCGCGCCCGACCCAAGCUGCGCAAAAUGUACAGCAUGGACAUGUCUUCUUCAUCCGCAGACAGUGCCAGCGUGGUCUCGAGCGAGCCAACACAGUGCACCAUGCUGUACUCUCGCCAGGGCACCACCGACACCAUCGAGGAGGUGGAGGACGAGCAGGAAGAGGAGGCGGCCCCGCCCGGCUCCCUGGGGCCGGGGGCGGACUCGGACGGGGCUCCGGGGGCGGAGGCUGGGGACGGGGAGCCUGGCCCCGGGGAGCCUGCCUCCGAGGCGGGCGGGAAGGAGGAGCGCUCGCAGGGGGAGGAGUCGGAAUGGCCGGGGGGGGCGGAGCCCCCUCUGAGGGAGGAGGGCGCAGGGGAGCACCUGUACCCCGCGGAGUGCGAGGUCCAGCUCUACUCUCCCGACACAGACGCGCCCGCCACCUACCCCACCGACGCGGACGCGGACGUGCCGCCCUCCUACAGCAAGGCCGUCAGCUUCGACAGGAUGUCCAUCAGCUCCGGCGAGGGCCCCGAUGACAAGCACCUCAUGGCCAUGACGCCCGACGACAGCAAGUCUGACAACGCCGUCGACGCCCUGCUGCCCUCGCUCACCCACGAGCUGACCGCCAGCGAGCUGCUGCUGAACAAGAUGUUUUACGACGAAGAGCUGGAGUCCUCUGAAAGGUUUUACAGGACCCAGCCUCAGAUCCUGCAGCUCCUCUAUGCCCUCUACAACAUGUUGGUUGCUCACUCUGAAAUGGUGUGCUACUUUGUCAUCAUCCUCAACCACAUGAUCUCAGCCUCCAUGGUCACCCUAGUGCUUCCCAUCCUCAUCUUCCUGUGGGCGAUGCUUUCUGUUCCCAGACCCAGCAAACGUUUCUGGAUGACGGCUAUUGUCUACACGGAGGUGACAAUUGUGAUUAAAUACUUCUUCCAGUUUGGCUUCUUCCCUUUCAAUAAGAACGUAGAAGUGGACAGGAGCAAGCCCUAUCACCCGCCAAACAUCAUCGGUGUGGAGAAGAAGGAGGGCUAUGUGCACUACGACCUGGUCCAGCUCCUCGCUCUCUUCUUCCACAGGUCCAUACUUAAGUGCCAUGGCCUGUGGGAUGAGGACGAUGGCGGCGUGGCGGAAAAGGCCACACACAGGGACGACUCCGAGGACGAGGGCUCUGUGUCGGCCGAGCGGAGGGGCUCCGCCGGCUCCCUUAAGUCCAUCAACCUGGCGGCCUCCCUGGAGUCGGUCCACGUGCACUUCCCAGAGCCCCAGACCCCGGUGCGCAGGAAGAGCUCCAGCGCGGGAUCCCAGAUCUCCCACAGGUCCUCCCGAUCCUCCGGCAGGUCCAAGAGAGGAAGCACCAGCACCAGGAAUAGCAGCAGAAAAGGCAGCAGUGUUCUCAGCGUCCAGCAGAAGACCCGCAAAGAGCUUAUACUUGAGAAACUGAAGGAGCAGCUCAUCAUCGCAAAGGCCUUUACAAUUAAGAAGACUCUUGAAGUCUACAUCCCCAUUCGCCGGUUCUUCUACAAUCUGAUCCACCCUGAGUACAGCGCCGUGACGGAUGUCUAUGUGUUGAUGUUUUUGGCUGACACCGUUGACUUCAUAAUCAUCGUGUUUGGAUUUUGGGCAUUUGGGAAACAUUCGGCCGCUGCAGAUAUCACAUCCUCCCUGUCGGAGGACCAGGUUCCUGAGGCGUUCCUGGUGAUGGUGCUGAUACAGUUCGGGACCAUGGUGGUGGACCGUGCCCUGUACCUCAGGAAGACUGUCACGGGGAAAGUGAUUUUCCAAGUCAUCUUGGUCUUUGGGAUUCACUUCUGGAUGUUCUUCAUCCUACCUGGCGUGACAGAGAGGCGGUUCAGUCAGAACACUGUAGCCCAGCUGUGGUACUUUGUGAAGUGCAUUUAUUUUGGAUUAUCGGCCUAUCAGAUCCGGUGUGGUUAUCCAACCCGAGUGCUUGGCAACUUCCUGACUAAGAGCUACAACUAUGUCAACCUCUUCUUAUUCCAAGGGUUUCGACUCGUGCCCUUCCUGACGGAGCUCAGGGCUGUGAUGGACUGGGUGUGGACAGACACCACCCUCAGCUUGUCCAGCUGGAUCUGCGUGGAGGACAUCUACGCUCACAUAUUUGUGUUGAAGUGCUGGAGGGAGUCGGAGAAGAGGUACCCCCAGCCGCGGGGGCAGAAGAAGAAGAAGGUGGUGAAGUAUGGGAUGGGAGGCAUGAUCGUGGUGCUGCUGAUCUGCAUCGUGUGGUUUCCGCUGCUCUUCAUGUCCCUCGUCAAGUCUGUGGCCGGAGUCGUCAAUAAACCUCUAGACGUCUCCAUCAAAAUAACUCUCGGGGGCUUCCAGCCUAUCUUUACUAUGAGCGCCCAACAAAAUCAGUUAAAAAACCUUUCCAGUGAUGAUUUUAAUAAACUUCUGGGUGAAUAUGAGUCUUCUGCUGGAGCCAUGCAGUUUUUGGAGGCGUACACCCAUGAAGAUGUCACAGUGGCAGAACUUGAAGGGAGUUCUAAUGCCUUGUGGACCAUCAGCCCUCCCAGUCGAGACAACCUGAUCAAGAUGCUGAGCAAUAAUAACACAUUCCCUGUUACUGUCUUCUGGACUAUACAAAGGAAUAUGAGCCUGGGUGCAAAAGUGGAAACAGCACAGGAUAAGCACAUAAACUAUCUCGACCAGUCGACGAAACAAGAGCUUAUAGCUUUAUUAAAUGGAACGAGGAAGACGGCUGUGUUAAUAGAUAAUGUUUUCCCAUGCUUCAUCCGAGCUCCCAGCGAUUCGAAUGCGAAACCCAUCCAGCAGCUCUAUCUAGAUAAAGCAUAUAAAAACAUCACCCUGAGACUGGAGAGGAAAAGCAACGACACAGAGGAGAUCCAGGAGUGGUGGAUUAUAAACCAGACCAGCAGACUGAGCAUCCAGAAGUCUGAUCACAGCAGCAUGACAGGCCUGGAAAUGUUUGUGUUCAGUGAUAAAGUCAGUCCUCCGAGCUUAGGCUUCCUUGCAGGAUAUGGGAUCAUGGGCCUGUACGCCUCGGUGGUGCUGGUGAUCGGGAAGUUUGUGCGCGAGUUCUUCAGUGGGAUCUCCCACUCCAUCAUGUUCGAGGAGCUGCCCAACGUGGACCGCAUCCUCAAGCUGUGCACGGACAUCUUCCUGGUGCGCGAGACCGGCGAGCUGGAGCUGGAGGAAGACCUCUACGCCAAGCUGAUCUUCCUCUACAGGUCGCCCGAGACCAUGAUCAAGUGGACUCGGGAGAAGACGCAGUGAGAGCCGCCGGGAAAACCGCAAGCAAGGAGCACAAUACCGUCAGAAUACCUAUGCGUUCUGCGCAAGAAAGGGGCAGUGCUAGCUUCUUCCCUGGCAGGGCCAAGGGUCCGAGCUUCCUGCUCCCACUGCCUUUAAAACACAGCCCUGGAAGCAAAAGAAGAUUCUGCAUUUUUUUUAAUGCUAUUCCAAAGACUUCCAGGAAUUUCUGGUGGAUUAACUGUCUCCUUAUAGAUUGUUCUGUCUGAGGGUGUUUAUUGUACAACUCCUACAUUUAUUCUUCUGUCUUUCGGUUUCCCUCACUUUCUCAGAUGGGAAUAACAUAAAAACGAGGGUUGUGCAAUAUGCUGUCCUUAAUGGCUGGCUGUAAACUUGAAAGGACGCUUUGUUUUUCCAUCAACCUCUCCUGGAAACAGAAGGGCAGCAACCGGCUGAAAAACACUGGCCACUUUUUUUAAGAGUUAUUUUAUUUUUUAAUCUGGAAAAUAUUGCGCUUUGUGGGAAUGGAAGAGAAGGGCUUUGAGACACAGAAGACAAGUUAUAUGACAAUCUGUUAUCUGCCUUAUUUUGUUUCUACCUUCAACUAAACAAUGUGCGAACCAUUAAGGAUAUUUUUCUCAGGAAAAGAAUUUAAUCAUCUCACCUGGAGGGGACUACUCCUCAUUUCCAUUCUGAACACAUCAUUACAUCAUAUCUCAUUAUAUUUCAACCCAAGGAGCCCUUUCCAUGAGCUGUUGUUCAGUGUGAUGUAGAUAUGCCUUGGAUAACUAUACCUGGAAGAACUUCAUGACUGUAGUCCUAUACUGUAUGAAUGCAUUUUUCAUCUUCUUAAACUCUCAGUGUAUUUUUACGGACUUUUAAUUUCUUUAAAAAAGACUUUUAACUCAGAUUUCUAUUUCCACAUAAAUAGAGAGCAAAAAAAAAGAAAAGAAAGCAAAAUAUUGUUCUUAAGGUUCAGUCAAGUUAGUCUGUUUAUGAGACUGGAGCUAAAAUCAGUACAACUAUACAGUACAUUAGAAUACAUUGUAGCAUGAAACAAAAACAAAAAAUGAUCUUGCUAUUAAUUUUCAUUCCAUGUACAUACAUUUUUAGGAUAAAAAGGGAGAAAAAUCUAUCUGACUGAGUACUUGUAUGGUAAAAUGAUGAAUUGUGAUUCAAUAAUGGUCUGGAAAUAAAGCACACGUUGCAAAGCUGUUUGAAAGAUA